GAGUAGAAUUAGAGAGAGAGAGAGAGAGAGAGAGAGAGAGAGAGAGAGAUGGAGUUGGAGGAGGAGAGAAAGAGAGGGAAAUUGAGGAGGAAACCCUGUUCAGCUGCCAUAUCCAAUCUCGAUGAUGGUACUCUCAUGCACAUCUUCAGCUUUCUCUCUCCUAUUCCAGAUCGGUAUAACACAGCCCUGGUUUGCGACAGAUGGCGGUACUUGGCAUGUCAUCCUCGACUAUGGCUUCGAGUUGAUCGUUCUCUUAAAGAAUCCGAAGCUGGCGUUUUCCCAAACAUUGACUCAGCUGUAGCUGCUGCAAGGCCUGGUGACACUAUUCUAAUUGCAGCUGGUGGUAUGCAUCUGGCUUCAAAUAUUCAAAUUAAAAAACCACUUUGCCUGAUUGGUGGAGGUGAGCUUCCUGAUGAAACUACCCUCAUAUGUUCUCGAGGUUCAGACAGCGCAUUGGAAUUAUUGUCCACCUGCAAACUGGCAAACCUAACUGUUAGGGCAGAACUCGGCUGCUGCUUGCUUCAUAGAAGUGGGAGGCUUACAAUUGAGAGGUGUGUGCUUCAAUGCGAAUCAAACCCCUUAGAUUUUUUAUCCUGUCCCAUUGUAAGCACAGCCACUGCAGACAACUUCUCUUCCUCAGUUAAGUACAAUAAAGACAGUGUUUCAGUUUCUCGAACUCGAAUUGAAGGCGGUGCCAAGGCUGUUUCAACGAGUGGCGACCUGGUAUUGCAGCGAGUUAGAGUAAUUUAUGCUCGAACUAAUCUCCUUUUCUGGUUUGAUAUGGAACCUGUAGUUGUAGUCUAAAAUUGUCCCUAUGUAACAUUAUCUAAUAAUUUACUCAUUUAAAAAAUUGUACCCUUAUUUAUGUCAAAAGUAUAUUAGGCCCUCUGUAACACUUAUGUCAGAUUUCAAGUGUAGAUAAAUAUUUUGUUUUUGUUGUUUGUUUUAAUGUCUUGGAAUGCUUCUUCA